AUGGAAGGCCAGGGAGAACCCCCCAACCAGCGCGCAGCGCUCCCCCUCGUGGCCGCGCCCGACGCCGCCCCUACGGUCCCCGGAGGCCGCAGUGAUUACUUCAGCCGCCUCCCCGACCACCUCAUCGUCCGCAUCCUCCUCAAGGUCGGCACCAAACAAGCCGUCAAGAUGGGCGGCGUCUCCCGGCAAUGGCGCCGCGUAUGGACCCAGCUCUCCGUCCUCGAAUCCGACGGCGUCGACUCCUCCGUUCCUGCCCGUGCCCUCGCCGCCCACAAAGCCCACGGGGAGGACGGCAUCCACAGCCUCACUGUCUCCCCCAACCAGGUCGACGGGAAGCAAACCACCGCCUGGCUGUCCCUCGCCGCGCCCCUCCUCUCCGGCGUGCUCUACUUCGACAACAACAGCCAUGCUAUGUCGCGGGAGACACUACAGCUGUUUCUGCACGACGUCGAGGAGGCGGUGAUGCGAAGAGGCGCGUUUGAGUUGCCCUGCUUCAACAAAGCUACCGUGAUUCGGAUGGACCUCGGGUUUCUUGGUAUGGCGCUGCCACCGGCUGGCGUCUUCCAUGCGCUCAGGGUGAUGCGGCUGGAGCACUUCUGGUUUCGAGGCCAACUUAGCUUGAGCGAUAACAUGCUUCCGUCAUUGCGAGAUCUAUUCAUCCGCAGGGUCCAUGGGUUGACCAUACUGAUGCUCAGCUCCAAGUAUCUGCUGGAUAUUCAUCUGUGCCUCCUCCCUGAGCUUCGGCGGCUCAACAUCCUGGCUCCAAGGCUGGAGGAGCUAGAGGUGACCGGCUGCUUUUAUGUGCCGGAAUCAGUUGCCAGGAUUGCUGCGGAGAGAUUGGAGAUUCUCAAGUGGGAAGUGCCUUGUGUUCCAGAGCUCGCAGAGAUGCCACACCUCCGCGCGCUCAGAGUCCCUCCUAUUACCACGCAUUGGUCGGAAGAUUUUUGUGAAGACCUUAAUUGCUUUCCGGCAGCCAACCAUCUCGCGCUUGCGAUAAUUCUUGGUCUGCGGAUGAAUGGGCUGCCGCUCUUGAUGGAAGACAUAACCAUCCCUUGUGUGAAUGUAUUAUGGUUAUACUUAGAAACAAAUGAUCAUGUUUUUGAAGGAAGAGUAUUGCAGUUGCUCACGAAGUCUGGCAUAAGAGAGCUGCACCUAUACUUCCAAGUUCAAGAUGAGGUGCAAGACUUCUACUCACCAGAUUGCAUCUGCUACAAAUCUAGACCAUUCUUCAACAACAGCCAUACUGUGUCGCGGGAGACACUACAGCUGCACGACGUCAAGGAGGCGGUGAUGCGAAGAGGCGCGUUUGAGUUGCCCUGCUUCAACAAAGCCACCGUGAUUCGGAUGGACCUCGGGUUUCUUGGUAUAGCGCUGCCACCGGCUGGCGUCUUCCAUGCGCUCACGGUGAUGCGGCUGGAGCACUUCUGGUUCCGAGGCCAACUUAGCUUGAUCGAUACCAUGCUUCCGUCAUUGCGAGAUCUAUUCAUCCGCCGGGUCCGUGGGUUGACCAUACUGAUGCUCAGCUCCAAGUCUCUGCUGGAUAUUCAUCUGUGCCUCCUCCCUGAGCUUCGGCAGCUCAAUAUCCUGGCUCCAAGGCUGGAGGAGUUAGAGGUGACAGGCUGCUUUUAUGUGCCGAAACCAGUUGCUACCAUUGCUGCGGAGAGACUAGAGAUUCUCAAGUGGGAAGUGCCUUGUGUUCCAGAGCUCGGAGAGAUGCCACACCUCCGCAUGGAAGGCCAGGGCAAAGCCCCCAACCAGCGUGCCGCGCUCCCCCUUGUCGCCACCCCUACGAUCCCCGGAGGCAGCAGUGAUCACUUCAGCCGCCUCCCCGACCACCUCCUCGUACACAUCCUCCUCCGGAUCCCCACCAAGAAAGCCGUCGAGAUGAGCGCCCUCUCCCGGCAAUGGCGCGGUGUAUGGACUCAACUCCCCAUCCUCAAAUUCGACGGCGUUGAAUCAUCCGUUCCUGCUCAUGCCCUCGCCGUCUACAGGGCCCACGGAGGGCUCGACAUCCACAGCUUCACCGUCUACACGAACCAGAUGGACGCGCAGGAUGCCGCCGCCUGGCUGUCCCUCCUAGCGCCCCUGCUCACCGGUAGGCUCUACUUCGACAACACUGAUGAUGUGUCACCGGAGACACUGCAGCUUCUUCUGCAGGAGGAGGCGGAGGUGCCAAGAGACGCUUUUGAGUUGCCCUGCUUCAAGAAGGCCACCGAAAUUUGGAUGGACCUUGGGUUUCUUCGCUUAGCGAUGCCACCAGCUGCCGUGUUUGAUGUGCUCAGGGUGAUGUGGCUCGAGCGCUUCUGGUUCCAAGGCCAAUUUAGCUUGAGCGAUACCAUGCUUCCCUCAUUACAAAAACUAACCAUCCGCAGGGUCCGUGGGUUGGUCAGGCUGAUGCUCAACUCCAAGUCUCUGUUGUAUAUUCAGUUGUCACUCCUAGUUGAGAUUCCACGUAUCAACAUUCUGGCUCCAAGGCUUGAGGAGUUAGACGUGACGAGCUGCUUUUAUGAUGUGCCAGAACCAGUGGCAAGCAUUGAUGCAGAGAGAUUACAGAUACUCAGAUGGGAAGUGCCUUGUGUUCCAAAACCUGUCUCCCUCAGAAAAAUACCACAUCUCUUGGUGCUCGGAGCCCCUCCCAUUUCCACUCUUUGGCCGGAAAAGAUUUGUGCAGACUUUCUUGAUUGCUUUCCAGUUGUUGACCGCCUCGAGCUUCAAAUAAGUCUUGGUGUGUGCAAAUAUCCUUCAGGGGCAGCAUUGUUGGUUCUGCUACCAGUGGUUUUGACUUCCGAUUAGGAUAUUGUACUGGUAUUUUCCUAGUUUUGUGCAUAUAUGCAAAGAUUGUUAGAAAGUUAAGUAAGGUUGCAGUUUUUAAAUCUGCCACUGAGAUUGGAAAUCCAAUGUAGAUCAAGAAAUGAAACUUGGAAUGGUUGAUCACUCCGUGUCCCACUAAUUUCCAAUGGUCUGCGACGAGAACUUCAUUUAAACAUUCAGUUCGCUGUCACUUGUCUUCGGUGUGUAAUGUCAAGUUUACAGUUGUCUGUGCUAGUACACUUGGGAAGCUACACAUUUGAAAUAUGCAUAUGUUCGAGUCUCUCUGGGUUCUCAAGACUGGAAAAAAACAUCUUUACUUUCAUGCCACUUCAUAAUCAGUUUACUGGAGUUCACAUGGUGAAUUGGCGAACUUAUGAAACUACUUCCUUUCUGUUUCUUGAUGUCGACUAGUGCAAACAUGUCUGUCAAGCCGCUGAUGAAUGGGUCGCCGCUCUUGAUGGAAGGCAUAAUCAUCCCUUAUGUGAAAGUAUUGUGGUUAUACUUGGAAACAAAUGGCCAUGUUUAUGAAGGAAGAGUAUUGCAGUUGCUCACAAAGUGUUCUAGUAUUACAGAGCUGAACCUAUCGUUCCAAGUUCGAGAUGAGGUGCAGGAUUUCUGUUUACCAGACUGCAUCUGCCACAAUGAAUCUGGAAUUUGGGAAGCCAAGGUUGUUCUUAUGAGGGCUCUAAAGAAUGUAGAUAUCGUCAACUUCCAUGGGAGUCCACGUGAAGUUCACAUUGUGGAACAGCUGGUGCGAAGGGCACCGAGGCUCGAAGUAUUGAGAGUAUUCUCGAAUGUCACUGAUCAUUCAUUGGAGGGCAUUCCAUGCUUAUGCCCUCCGGGAUGUAACUUCCAUAUUUAUUACUGGGAUACUAGAAGCAAAGAGUGGAACAACUAGUGCAAAGGGAGCCGAGCCUUGAAGUACUAAUAAUAACCAUGAUUGGGUAUCAUACAUUGAGCGGCAUUGCGAGCUCAUGCCCUCCAGAGUGUAUAAUCGAUAUUGUAGAGAUACUGGAAGCAAAGAGGAAUAGGCAGAUGUGAUCUCUGACUUGCUAUUAGAACCCUUAAGCAUACAUAUACAUGUUCAUUGUAAAUUUUCGGUACGGACCAUGGUGUACGCGGUGGGUGUAUUUGGAUCACGAAUGAUGACCGAGGUUGAAGAAUCUCGUAUAUUGGGUUCG